ACCACGCCCUCCCUCAGUCCUCAGCAGGAGCUGGCCCUGGCUCUCCAGACUUCCCUACCCAGCUCUCCCCUCUCCUGAGUCCCCAGAGCCCUGCUGUCUGCCUUGGUGGCUCUGCUGGCUCACACCCUGGAGGAGAGCAGGCCAUGGGCUGGGUCCUGCUGCUGCUCUGGCUGCCUGCAGUGUCCCUGCAAGCUGCUAACUCAGCCAGAUCCAGCAGAGAACUCUCCUAUGGGGUUACUCAGCCAAAAAACCUCUCUGCUGCCAUCGGUGGCUCCCUUGAAAUCCCCUUCUCCUUCUACCACCCCUGGACCUUGGCCAGGAAUCCCCAAGUGAAACUGUCCUGGAGACGGUACCACUUCUAUGGGGAAUUUUUCUACAACACAAGCCCACUCUUCACCCAUGAGGAUUUCAGGGACUGGCUCUCCCUGAACUGGACAGAGAACCAGCAGUCUGGCUCCCUCAGAAUCCAGAAGCUGCGGAAAGAGGAUGAGAACGUGUACUUCUGCCGAGUCCAGCUGAAGACACAGAGGGAAGGCAUAAAGAAGUGGCAGGCCAUCCAGGGGACCAGAGUCAGCAUCACCCCCGCUGCCAAGAUCACAACACAGAAUUCCAGCAGCAGCAGCUCCGAAGCCACCACAGCUCGACUCAAGGUCACAGAGGGCAAGAGGACCUCAGAAUCAUGGUCCCUCAAUUUGGGAGCUAUCAUUGGGGUGACAGUGGCCACUGUGGUGCUCCUAACCCCACUUGUGGCACUGAUGAUCUUCCUCAGGUGUAAGGAGAAGUGAAGGGUUUAGGUCCUGGGCUCAGCUCAUCAAGAUUCCCACAUGGGUGUUUCUCAGAGAACCACAUCACAAUCACAAAGAUGCUUCCUCAAAGGGCAGAUGCAGGCUGGGCUCCCCUCAAAGCCACAGAGUCGGGCUCUGAGCCCUGUGCUUGGGAAUCUCCAGUAAGCAGGCUUCUCAGUGUGGAAUUCACCACUGUAAUACAUCUCAGUAACAUACAUGGACAAAAACACGUACUUGUCACUGAUGAUGCAAGAAAGACUUGGACAGCCUUCCACGUCCUUUCCUGCCACAACCCAAUGCGGCUCCUGAAGUUCUUGGGGUUAAGGACCACAAUGAGAAAAAUAAAGAAAAGACAAAGCUGGGGUCAGGUGGAGCCCUUUUCCUCCUGAUGGGAGGAAGGAACUGUUCAACCACUGCAGCACCUGUAUAUAUAUACUGGGGAAGAUGAUGGCAAUUUCAGCCCUCUGCCUAGCAACCCAUUGCUUGGCAGGCCUGGGCCCCUUGCCUUCUUGGUGCUGGAACAACUUGUUUCCAUAGCUUGUUUUGGUCUUUCUGUUUUUUUCUGGGCUGACCUUGCUUUAGCCCCACACAUGUGAUCAAUCUUCAGCUUCAAAGAUUCCCUACAUAUCCCUCUUUGUUUUGUUGUUGCACAGGAGGGGUCCUCAGUUGAAGCUGGAGGAGCUGUGUUUAGAGAGCUCUGUAGAUCUUUUUAUUUUAAGUGCAGUCCAAAGAUUUUAAAUCCCUUCAUUCCUCAAUUGAAAUCUUGUGCAGUCCAUUAAUCUGUGACAGUAAUCAGCUACCAGCAUAGCUGGCAAUUGCCAAAAGAUAUUAGUGAUUUGAGUUUCUUUUAUAACCUAUUACUUUAGCAUUGUUUUAUAUACCUCUAGUUAGUUGUACAUUUUCUGCAAGAUGGUCAAGACCAAGGUAAGGUGAGACCUGUUUUAAAUACAAUCAAUUUUUUUUAAUCUAUCAAGGUCAGUUAGGUCUCCUCAAGAACCUUGGAACCAGCUAUAGAACCUCUUAGUUCUUCUGUCAGUGUCAGCCGUUGAGAUGAGUCAGAGCCAUUGCUUGACUAAGUUGCUUUCUGUGAAAGCUUGGGAGAUUUUUGCUCCUGGUGACUCUCCUUAGGCAAACCACACACCGAUGACCACUUUCCUCAGUGGUCUCACAGUAUUCUUGAUCAAAGACCAGGGACUCACCGAGUAUAGGAUGACACAGCAGAGGUUCUCUAGUGUCCUGGGUCCUCACUGACCUUGGAGGGCGAGGGCCAGAAAACAUUGGCUGUCCUCCUAGCCCAUCUGUCUCUCCAAUUAUUGGUCUCUAUACCUCAGUUGUUGAACAUCCAGAAGAAAGGAUUGACAACAGUACAAUGUAGUUAGAGACAUUAUUAUCUUAUCUAAAUAUCAAACAUCUUACAACAUAAAAUAGAACCGUUAUUUUUUAACAACCAUGGAUGUUUUAACAUUUGAAUACCUGUAGAAUGUUAACAAGUACAUAUUUUAUAUAGAAAAUUAGAAAUCAAAACCAUACCUGAUGUUAUAACAUGAGAAUCAUGAUGACAUUUGUUUUAAACACACUUCAAUUUGCAUUUUUUUAAAACAGAAGGUAUCCCCUUUCUGGUCUGUCAUCCCUAUCUAACACAUAAAAGCCUUUAUCUAACUUGUUGACCUUUAGUACAAUGUACAUCUCAUAAGCAGUUCUUAGAGGCAGAAGUCUAAAUCUGAAAUAAAAGUUUGUCACUAUAAACAA